AGACAAGUUUCACACGUUGGAAAUUUUCCCCUUUGGGUCUGUUACGAUACCAUUCACGGGUCACUAACCCAAAACCUCCACCUCCUCCUCCUCCUUCUUCCGCUUCUCCGAUUCCGUCACCGGAGAUCAUUUCCUGAAACUCAUCUCCGGCGCUGGCCUACACAUUUCAUGUACCAAAUUCCAUGGUUGACCAUCUAUUGCACAGUUGAGCUUCUCACGGCGACGGCGCGUUUACACACCUUCCGCUGAAACGCGACGCGACGCGACAAAUUUCUUAGGGUUUCAUGUUCUGUGAGGCUGAACGUCAUAUAGAGGCUUUCAUGUCGUUUGAAUGGAGAUUGCCUCUGCUGCCACAAUUGCCUUGUUGUCCCAACCUUUUCCUAUAGCUGCGAUUGUUACUUUUCUUUGUUUUCUUCUCGCUCUUUUCGCCGCCGUUCGAUUGGUUUCUGUUCCUUACAUUAGAAGGACGAAAACGGUACAAUUGGAGGGCGUGGGUACGAGGAAUUUUAAUUGUACCUGUUCGCUUAACGGUGGUGUGGCUAUUGGGGGUUUGAACCCCAGGGCUGAGAUUACUUCUUCGACUAGUACGAGUAUGCCUUAUUUGAACGGUCGUGCAGUGGAAGUGCUGGAGAAGGCGCCGGUUGUUGUAACGGAGCGGCAGACGGGCGCUUCGAUGAUGGAGCAGUUGGUCCCGGAGAUUACUACGCACGCUCUUAGUUACUUGGAUUAUCCCAGCCUGUGUCGUUUGUCCAUGACUAAUUCCUUGAUGCGGAAAGCCGCGAAUGAUGAUAGUGCCUGGAAGGCGCUUUAUCAUAAGGACUUCACACUGGAACAGGAUACUGUAACUCCAAUUAACGGGUGGAAGGCAUAUUAUGCUGCAACAAGAACAAUUAUGAAUAUCAAUGCCCAAUUCUAUAACAUCAUCAGAGACAGGUCUCUUCAAGCGAUGAGUCAUUUUUGGUUAAAUGCAGAUUAUGUGAAGUGUAUUCAUGCCUCAGGAGAAUUCUUUUCCGGGUAUAAUGCCGUAAUUCAAAGUUGGCAGGUUGCAUUCAAUUGGGAACAAGGGAUUAAUUUUCAGGUCCGUGAUGUACGGGCUCGUGUGCUUACAGACAUGGCUUGGGUUAGCAUGAAAACCUACGUUGACAUGGAUACAGGGCCAUUCAAUGUGACUAACAUCUAUGAGUUCCAUAAUGGUCGAUGGUACAUGGUGCAUCAUCACAGCUCCGUGAUGCUCAUUGUUGGCGAGAUGGAACAACAAAUGGUUCAUGGGUAACUGAGAGAAGAUAGAAGAGAAGUAAUGGAAAAAGUAUACAAUACUAGGAGGUACAAAGAUAGGGCGGUGUCUGGUAGCAGAAGCAAGGUUUAAAAGAAAGAUUUCUUGUCGAUUACUCUUAAACAACACCAUUUUUAACUUUUCCAACCUCAGUUUUGCUUGAUCUGUGUUCAUUACUCCCGUUUUUCUUUCAAAUUUGUUUUUUUUUUUCCUUUUUGGUCCCUAAUUUUUUUGUUGGUUCAGAGCUUUCAAGAGUUCAAUCACUUCAGAAGUAUUUUUCCGCAGCUUGAUCCAUGCCCAAUGCUCAAAUGGCUGUGCAUGCGUUUCCGGCAAUGGAAGGAGUCAUAACAAAACUCACCAAUGUCUGUACUUGAAUUUCUUAAGGCUUGUUAUUGAGAUGAUCAAUUGACUCCUUCACCUUGACAGGUACAUCACUUGUUCAGUAACUCUUUGUAAAGGAAGGAUAAGGAAUAGGAACUUUUGAACAAUUUUAAUGCAAAUGUGUUAAAGAUUUCUUUGUUCUGCAA